AUGAUUCAAACCGGCCUCAUCCCGAAUGCGCACAAUGAUCUGGUCACCGACGCGUCCUACGACUUCUAUGGCCUCCGCCUCGCGACUUGCAGCCUAGAUCAAAGGUCAGUAAAGGUGUGGCAGUUAGACGAGACCACCGGAUCUUGGUCCCUUGAACACGACUGGAAGGCACAUGAUGCCGUCGUCUCAAAAGUGAGCUGGGCGCAUCCCGAAUUCGGCACCAUCCUCGCGACCGCGUCCUUCGACCGCACUGUCAAGGUCUGGGAGCAGAUCUCCGCGACAGACGUCGAUGGCACGCAGCUCAACGGCACAAGUGCGGGUACCUCCAGCUCCACAAGAUGGAUCGAGCGCGCUAUGCUCGUCGACGCUAAGGGCACCGUACGAUCGGUUGAGUUUGCGCCACAGCACUUUGGGUUGAAGCUGGCAACCAUCUCCUCUGAUAACUACCUGCGCAUAUACGACUGUCUCGAGCAACCAUCUCUCUCGUCAUGGCAGCUCACAGAGGAAGUCGACGUCCUCUCCCUCCCUACCGCCACUCCAUCUUCCCGUUCAAACGCGCAUACCGUGACCGUCGCCACUCCCACCCAAUCGUCGACAACACUCGACGGAAACUCCGCGUCUCUUGUCGCGCACGCGCUCCAACAGCAAACUUCACAAACUCAGCUCCCAGGACGGCCAGGUCUCGGUACGCGCGAGGCGGACGGGGGCUGGAGCAUCUCGUGGUGUAAGGACAAGUAUUGGGGCGAGAUUCUCGCUGCUGCCUGCGGUGUUGACGGCAUUGUCAAGAUUAUCCAAGUAUUCCCAUCACGACGUCCGUCAACUCUGCUCAGCCUCAACCCCUCCCCAAGCAACGCAGAAACGACCAAGACAGCGGCGACGUCGGGCGGCGACAGUGAAGCCUCGAAGGCCUUUGCAAUUACUUCUGUCGCGUGGGCACCGUCGUGCGGACGCUCGUACCAUCUUGUUGCUACUGCUUCGCGCGACGGCCACGUGCGGAUAUGGCGCGUGAAACCGCCAACACCGAGCGAAGACCUGGAAGGUGACGACGCGGACGGGACGGAGGGCAAGUGGUCGGCAAGUAUUGUAGGAGACUUUGACGACCACAAGUCCGCGGUUGGGAGAGUGGAGUGGAACAUCACUGGGACGAUACUCUCGUCCGCUGGAAACGAUGGACGUGUGCGACUAUGGAAAAUGACGGCGGGGAAUGUUUGGCGACCAGCGGGCCAUAUCAGUGUCGAGCAGGCAGAGGAGCAACAGGGCGAGGCGGAUGCGGAUAUGGCUGUUGAGGAUUAGGGGGACCUUGUACGAGAUGUUGUCACCGCCUGGUUGUACGCUUGUCUCUUUACCUUCGCUGUGGAAGUCAUGUUUCCUUCAGCCUGCACCGCAGAGCAGGCAAACGAUGUGUACGCAGUGGAAGCAAGGAGCUGCAUGCAUUGAGCAUAAAUAGCGAGAGC